UGUGGUAAAGUCUUCCCCUAUGCCACUGAUCUCAUAUGGCAUAAAAGAACACACACUGGAGAGAAACCUCAUAAAUGUAACCUAUGUGGUAAAGCCUUUGCACAAAACAGUCAUCUCAUAACCCAUAAAAGAACACACACUGGAGAGAAACCUUAUGAAUGUAACCAGUGUGGUAUAGCCUUUGCACAAAACAGUCAUCUCUUAAGCCAUAAAAGAACACACACUGGAGAGAAACCUUAUGAAUGUAACCAGUGUGGUAAAGCCUUUGCACAAAACAGUCAUCUCAUAAGACAUAAAAGAACACACACUGGAGAGAAAAAAUAUGAAUGUAACCAGUGUGGUAAAGCCUUUGCAGAAAACAGUCAUCUGGUAAGCCAUAAAAGAACACACACUGGAGAGAAACCUUAUGAAUGUAAUCAGUGUGGUAAAGCCUUUGCACAAAACAGUCAUCUCAUAAGACAUAAAAAAACACACACUGGAGAGAAACCUUAUGAAUGUAACCAGUGUGGUAAAUCCUUUGCACAAAACAGUACUCUAUUAAGCCACAAAAGAACA